CUCAUUCCAUCAUUUUUGAGAGUAAUACACACUUGAGAGUUCUCCCAAUCCUUUGUCUUUGUUCUUGUCUUUGCUUGCUUGUGAGUUUGAGAGAAAGGCUGCUUAGCGCUCUAACGGAAUUGAGAGCUAGGGCCGCACGAUCGAGAGUAAGGUCGUGACAAGUGGUAUCAGAGCCCCGUUUGACUCUGUGCUUGCAAAGUAGAAGCCAUAGCCAGAAGAAAAGGAAGAACCUCACCAGAAAUGUCGGGAUCAAAAGUCAACGACGAUGAGAAGCAUCGUGGCAGAGAGCCUACCCCAGGCGGGAGGCCAAAAGACAAGUCGAGCACUCGUGAUCCUCUCAGGUCUCUAGAGAGGCGAGUCUCGAGGAUGGAGGUGAAGAUUUCUGAAGAUGUCACCGCCAUCGAGGAUUUGGGAGCUAACUUCGCCCAAGAGGAAAGCGAUUUUCAAGGUAUGAAUGCUCGUUUGUCGAGCUUGGAGAUCAACCAUGAUGGGAUGCGAGAAGAGCUCGUGGCUCUCAUCACCAACACCAUCUCCGAAACCGUGAGCACUGCUAUUGCGGUUGUGAAAGAGCAUGUCCAGGGUGAGCUGGUCGGCGUGAAGGAGGAGAUUGCAGAUCUCAAGAGUGAGGUCACUCUCGUGAAGAGAGCCAUGGCUAGCGGACCAGCCACGGUGCAAUCCGUCCCACGUGCUGAUAUUCCAAGACCGAAGAGCUUCGGAGGUUCAAGGAAUGCAAGGGAGUUAGAGAACUUCCUUUGGAGUCUUGAGCAGUACUUCAAGGCGUCCGGCAUCCAAGAGGAUGAGGUAAAGAUUCAUACCGCUCCACUUUACUUGGUUGAUGUUGCCAUGGUGUGGUGGAGGCGACGUGAAGCGGACGUCGAAAGAGGUACUUGUGUGAUGGUAACGUGGGAAGAUUUCAAGAGAGAAAUCAAGAGGCAGUUCUACCCAGAGAACGUGGAGUUUGAAGCCCGUUCGAAGUUGAGAAGACUCACCCAGAGGGGUGGAGUUCCAGAAUACGUGAAAGAAUUCUCGGAGCUGCUUCUAGAGAUCCCGGACAUCACGGACAAGGAGGCCAUGCACGGCUUUCUUGAUGGGCUGCAACCAUGGGCCAAGAUGGAGAUGCAACGUCGAGGAGUGCAAGACCUUGCAACUGCCAUGGCCACGGCGGAGUCUUUUGUCGAGUACAAACGACAAGAGAGCAGCGGCAAAGAGAAGAGUUCGAAGCCCAACAAGGGUGGAGAACAGCAGAAGCCUUUCAAGGAGGGUUCUCACACUCAACAACACCAAGGUGGUUCGAGCAAAGGGGGUAAGUACGAGCCCAAACCCAUGACUUGUUUCCUUUGCGACGGACCACAUCGAGUGCGAGAUUGCCCAAGGAAGGCGAGAUUAGCAGCCAUGGAAGCUCAAGAUGAGGAGCCCAAGGCGGCGGAGGCCAAGAUUGGCUCAAUCCGCAAGCUUGGCGCGGCGAAGACCGACGUCAAGGAGAGCAAGCGUGGGAGGUGCUAUGUUCUGGCGCAAUUCAUGCAAGGCGAGUCAAAAGCCUUGAUGGAUACCGGUGCCACGGACAACUUUCUUCGCAUCGAGGAGGCAAACCGGCUGGGUAUUGCCUACGAGAAGGGGCAAGGGAGGCUCAAGACGAUCAAUUCGGAGUCCAUCCCGAUCCAUGGAGUUGCUCACAACGUACCAAUGAAGCUUGGCGAGUGGGAAGGCCUCAUCGACUUUUCCGUCGUCACCAUGGACUCCUCUUUGAUGAUAGAUAAGAUGAUAAGGGAGGGAAUUGCUUAGGCAAACUAUGAUUUGAAAGUUGACUACCUGUCUUGAAUCUAUC